AUGUCCUCCUUUGGUUCUUCUGGAGGACUAGGUGAAGCAGCCGCCUGGCUGUGCCUUCGCGAGGACAUGUACAUAUCCCUCACGUCACAGUCGCCGUUGCGGACAAAUCUACAGAGCUUCGAGCGCUCGGAUGUCUUCACCCGAACCGAUGACUUUGCGUGGUCCAACCGGAUGGUCUUCCUAUUGGCCAGAAUAUUGAGCUGCGCUUUCAACGAGGAGAGCCGGACGAGACGUUCUUGUGCUUCAUUGAAGGCUCUAGAGAAAGAAGUCGACGAUUGGAGUGCGUCCAAACCGCAGACAUUUCAACCUGUCCAUUUUGCCCCUCGAGGAAAAGAUCCUGGCCGACGAUUCCCAACUAUCUGGACGCUAUUGCCAGUCCAUGUUGUCGGUCUACAAUACUACCACAUCGCAAAGAUUAUACUUGCGUUGUCUGGUUGCUCGAACCCAUCUCUUCCAUACGAGAGACUGCAACGCUCACGGGACGUCGAAAAAAUUGUCCGGAGCCAUCUCCUCAAUGUCCUAGGCCUAGCUGCCUCAAACCCUAGAGCCGAAAAUACCCUUUUCACUGCACGGCACAGUUUAGUCGCGUGGGGUUGGAUACUACGACAUAACCUAGACCAAGACGCCGCUGAAGAGCUACUGCGGUAUAUGGAGUUGAAGACUGGCUGGAGCACGUCCCACCUGAUACACUCACUGAGAGAACAAUGGAAAAAAGAACUUGUCGAUGACUAG